AUGGCAAACCGAACCGAUGANAAAGACCUCGCCAUCGAUCAUCUCGAGACCGUCGAUACUGCUGACGAUGCACAAUCAGACAAGAUCAACGAUGCACGUAUUGAAGCCUUCACACCAGACGAGCAGAAGAAGAUUAUCCGCAGAAUUGACCGUCGAUUGGUUUUGACUCUGGGAUUCCUCUACUGUGUCAGUUUGAUGGACAGAACCAAUACCGGCAUUGCUGUUGUUGCUGGCAUGGGCGUCGACCUUCUGCUCAUCAAGGAUCGUUAUUCGAUUAUCGUUCUCGUCUUCUUCAUUCCUUACAUCUUCUUCCAACCUCCGGCGACUGUCAUCCUUCGCAAGGUUGGCCCUCGUGCUUUCUUGCCGACCAUCACUCUGUUUUGGGGAAUCACCAUGAUUGGUAUGGCCUUCGUAAAGACCUGGACAACACUGAUUCCGCUACGCAUCCUGUUGGGUAUCUUUGAAGCUGGUACACUAACGAGGCUUCAGNNGGGUCUCAUCACCUGUAUUCUCGCCAUCGGUGCCUACUUCACCAUUGUGAAUUUCCCCGAGAAGGCUGCCCACGUCUCUUUCGGACCCAAGUUCUUGAAUCAGAAGGAAGUCGACUUUGUCGUUGCGACAAUCGAGAAGGAUCGCCACGAUGCCACCCUCGAAGAAUUCAAAGUCGGCCAAUAUCUCAAGUGCGCCGCCGAUCUCAAGGUAUGGGCUUUUGCAGCCCUCUUCGGUCUCUCUACCACGGUGACCUAUGCCAUAGCGUACNNCUACUUCCUCCCGAUAAUAUUAGAAGUAGGCAUGGGCUUCAACAAGCGUGAUGCACAAUGCUUGAUUGCACCCCCUUACGUCCUCGCCGCCAUGGUCACUUUCGGUUUUGCCUGGUACGCAGACAAAUACCGCAUUCGCUCNUUCAUCAUCGCCAACGCCUGCUUGAUGCUCAUCGGCCUCGGCUGUCUCGGUUUCGUAAAGUCGGUUGCUGUCCGCUACUUUGGCGUUUUCCUCGCUACCGCCGGAUGCAAUGCCAAUGUUCCUGCCGUACUUACCUGGCAAGCCAACAAUAUCCGCGGACAGUGGAAACGUGCACUUACCUCUGCUACCCUUGUCGGUGCUGGCGGCAUUGGUGGAAUCAUUGGCUCGACGGUGUUCCGCACACAAGACCAGGCCACGGGCUACCGACCUGGUAUGUAUGCUACGCUGAUUGCUAGUGCAUUGAUCAUUGUUAUAUCGUUGCUGUUGGAUCUCAAGUUCCACCGUGCCAACAAGAGAGCUGCUGCUGGAGGCAAGAUUAUCGAGGGACUCCAUGGCUUCAGAUAUACUCUGUAG